UCCUAUUCAAAUUUUCAAAUCGAAGUCGCUCUGAUGACGAUUGUCACUUCCAGAGAUGUUCAAGAGAUUGUCUCUAAGCUCUCAUCCGACAAAGCCAAAACUCGAGAAGAAGGGAUUAAAUUGUUGAAUUCCUGGUUAGAAGGGGAGAGAUCAAUCAGUUUUUGUAAAUUUCUCGCACAGAACACCGCAAUGCUAAAAUCUAAUCAGGUUCCUAACUCUGAAACAUGGCCAUUUCUAAUUCCAUUACUUGUUCACUGUGUAUCUCUGGAGAUAUCUUCAAGCAAGAAGCGGUUGCCAAAGUUGAUAUUUGCAAAAACUCUCCGCAUUGUAGUGCAACGUGCAGAAGAUGCAAAGUUUUCGGGAAAGACGUUGCUUUUGUUGCCCGUGGUUAAAUCUCUUUUUAGUCAUAUCUGGGAUGUGUUGAGGGAUGUUCCUAGCUUUCAAUCUGAAUAUGGAAUAAUUCUACGACAUCUUUUAGCCAUCAAAGACUAUCGUUUUCACAUGAGGAAGCGGUUCUAUAGCGCUCUUGUGCUUCUAUACAUGGAAAAGGUGGAGACGAGCUUGAGUGCUAAGAGCAGUAGUCAAUAUAAUCCAAAGGAGGAAGUCUUUCGCUGCAUCCUGACGCUCCAUUCGCUUCUGGAAAAUCCUCCAGGGGACUUUUCUGAUAGUCUAAGAGAGGAAAUUGUUAAGGGACUUGUUAGCAUUUUCUCUUUUGUAAGGGAUGAGGGGAAGAUUUCUCGCAAGCUAAUUGAGUGCAUUAACACAUACUUGUUUAAGGAUGGUCCUAAUUUGGGCUGCCAGUCACUGGAGAUCCAUAAUGCUGUGCAACAGUUUGUGUUCCGUUAUUGGCUUACGACCCAUGAUCGGGGUCUGAAGGAUGCACUAAUUCUUUAUGCAAGGUUACAGCUAAAUCUAGUUAGAGAUGCUGCUGAUGGGAGCGCUCUGGUAGAACAACUUUUGGAUGUAAUUGUUAAGGAACUGGAUCAAAGCAAUACCAGUACUGGGGUUCUCUGGAGUGACUCAAUGAAGGAUGAUAAGCUUGGAACUUUGACAAGCUCUCAAUGUGGUUUAGUGGAGCUUGUAGCACUUGUCUUAUAUCGGGCUUGUGUCAAUAUGUGUAAAGCACCAUCAGCUCAUAAACGAGUCAGAAGGGAGCAUGCUGCUGUGCUUUUAAGGGAGGAGCUCAUGAAAGGAAAAUGGUUUUGGAAUGCUGCCUUUUGUUGCCUCACCCAUCAUUACCAUGCCCGCAUUAGUAAGGAUCUUUUUGUAUUCUGGUUUGAAGGAAUAUGUGCAAGUUUCCCGAGAAUUUCAAACGAUGCGAAUAUGGGACAUGCUUAUGAAGGUUUUCUGUGGACAUUACGGAGUCUGCAAGAGCUCUCUUCUGUUCUGUUGCUUCCAGUUUCAGAGGUGAGGAAUUCACGGAGCUCAUCUUUCACCUCAAAUGAGUUCAACAGUGGUUGGCAUUCAAUAUGGAGCUCCAUAAUGCACAGCUUACCUAUAUUCAGUAAUGUCACACCAGUUGCAGACGUUGCUUUCAUGCUCCUUGGAAACAUAAUUUCUAGUGACUUAGUAAAUGUAUCUGUUGUACCAAGAGAUGUGUGGGAUCUUCAAAUAUUUAAACGUUUGCCUUCAAUGUCUGUUCUGUACUUCAUUUCAUGUUAUUUUUCAGGCAGAGGUUCUCAAGGUGAUAUUCGAGACAACUUACUUCUCAGACAAAGCCUUUUGAGAGCAGUUUUUGGUUUAAUUAACACGAAGGAGGCUUUCCGAUUGAAUGAGGACAUGGUGGUCUUGUUUCCAGCAGCUGUUUAUGCGCUUUGUGUUGGUUGUGCUAUUUUUCCUAAUUAUUUUAAAGGACUUUCAUCAUCACAUAUUUUUGCAGAUUUUUUUGAAACUGUUGGUGAGUGGGUUAAGACAGAAGAAUGUGAGCAUGAAAGGGUGCGGGAACUUUUUGAAUGCUCUGUGGAAGUCCUUGCAGAAAUUGAACUGGAACCUAGUGUUGAGGUUGUACAAUCCAAAUGGCAUCAUAGAGUGCGUCUUCCUCGACAAUUAAGAAAUCCUCUGCUGCAUGAGAUGAAUACUUGUCUUCUUGCAGCUGUGGUGGAUCUGGAGAUCGAAAAAACACUUCUGCCAGAUUUCUUCUUUGUGUGUGCUCUCUUGUCUAAUUUCAUGCACAGUGCUAUUUUAAUGAGGCUAAGAGAGGACCUUUCGUCAUUCCUUGACAAAAUAGGCCAUCACAUUUUAAAAUUUCUGGAUCAUGCUGUUUUUGUAAUUGAAGAAAACAUAAAUGAUGUUCGAACUCAUGGUAGUUGCUUGAGCUUGAACUCUAUUUUUGAUGGAACGGGCUCUCUCAUAGCUUCUUUUAGAAGCUUUGUUUCUUCUCCUCUUUUUGCUAAAUGGAGCGAUCAAGAUGUUAUAGAUGUUGCCCUCUAUAGUGCAAUAAGUUGUUCCAUUGAGAAGUUUCUAAGGGCUCUCGCUAAAUUAUAUGAAGAAUGUUCUGAUUGUGAAAGGAAUAAUGAGUCUAAGGUAAAUCUUAUGGAUUUGUCUGAUUCUAGCACUCCUAUACAGAAUUCCAACAGGUUGGAUGGCAGAAGUAGGAUUAUGGACAUGGAGUUGGAUAUCACUGAGGAUUCUAAAGAUGUGGAUAUUUUAACCAUUGGGGGUCGAAUUGCCACUGGUGUUUCUUUCGUUGCAAUGAAGUGGAAGUUGGACACAAUAUCAUUAAUUUCAUACUUUUUCUCAGUUGUACCUGUUGUUACAUGGGAAAUCUUGUUUGACCUGAUGGAGAAAGAAUGCGAUCCUGAGGUGCGUGAAGAUAUCUUAUUCACUCUCUGUCAGCAUCCUCAUUGGUCCUCUAAUACAAAGCUUAUGGACUUGAUUAUCUCAAUGGAUAAGAUGAUUGAGAUGCGAGUGAGCCUUAGGCUUCACUCUUCUAAUAUAAUUGCUGCUAUCUGUGGUUUGCUUGGAAGUCUUUUAUCCUUGAAUGGUGUUCGAAAGGGUAAAUUUGUCGGUCUACCUUUGAGAGAAAGAGCAUCAGCACAGAGUCUAACAUCUCUUGGUGAUCUGGUGAACAAAUUUGCUGAGUUUGAUCUUGAUUGGCCCAGACGUGUUAAGCUGAUUGAUUGCAUAUGCAACUUUGUUGUACUUAGUCCUGAAAUUGGUCAGAUAAUGAUUGAAAGGCUGCUUAUGUUGCUGAGGGAUCCUGAUUACAGAGUUAGGUUCUUCCUGGCCAGACGAAUUGGUGUGCUUUUCCAAACGUGGGAUGGUCAUAAUGAGCUUUUCCAAGAUAUUUGCUCCAAUUUUUGCACUAAGCUGGUUGUUUGCUCCAAAGACAAGAUUGUUACUUCCAAGGAGGUUUUAGCUGCUGGUCCUCAGCCUCGUCCAAUGAUGGAAACAAUUAUUAUUACCCUUAUGUAUCUUGCGGCUUACAGUGAGGCAUUAGAGUGGGAGGCUGUUUUCAUGUUGUGUGUUAUUUCAGCCAUUGAUCCUUGCCAAAGGGAUUUGGUCGGUGCUGUUCUUGAUAACCUAUCAAAACAACUCCAGUAUGCAACCAGGUCAAAGUAUUUGGAGGAAUUUAUGGGAUCAAUACUCUUUAGUUGGGUUGCUUGCGGUGUAAGCCUUGCUGCCCUUGUUGAGAUAAGAGAUCUUUUUGUUUUGAGUGCGGAACCAAGUAAUUUCAUGCAGUAUUGUUGCUUUUGGCUUCUUCCUGCACUAAUUCUGCAUGAGGACACUUCCAAUCUAAAAUGGGUUGCUAUGGUUGCUUCUCAUCCUUUGGCAGUAUUGGUUAGAAAUCAGUUUGUGCCAAUCUUUUCAAUUUGUAUGGCAUUGCAUUGUGGUAAGAAGCCUGGCUGGGAAAAGGGCAUGGCCGUGCUUCAGAGUACAAUUUUGUAUAUCGCUGAGAUAUCUGAAAAUGAAAGAGAUAUACUUAUAAAGAAACAUAUGGUUUCUAUUGUUGGCCACAUUUUAUCUCUAACUUCUUCUUCAUCAAACCCUGUCCCGCCUUCCUUUUCCAAGGAUACAGUUAUGCUUGCGAUCCAAACGGUUGUUGAUGGAUUCUUGGAGAUGGAGGUUUGUCCUACAAGUGUUGGUGUUGUGGACAAGAUUAACAUUUUUCGCCUAGAUAGAGUGUUUAUGUUUAUGGUGGAAUUGCAUUACAAAGUUGAAGCAGCAGUUCAUCAUAGGCACAAAUGUCAUCGGCUAGCUGGAAUAGAGGUGCUUGUCAAUGUUCUUGGGCAUAGAGCUGCUGUGUCUAGCACUUCAAAUUAUAUUUUCAACUUGGUUGGGCAGUUCAUUGGUUGUCAUGCUUUAGAAAACCAGUGUUGUCAUAUCAUUUCCACAUUGCUCAAAAUUUUCGAAGAUAAUCCAUCCAAGGAAAUUUCUGGUGUGCUUGGUGAACAACUUCAGUUUUUUGUAUCAAAAUUGGUUGCUUGUUGCAUUCCUUCUGAAGCCAACGGAGAACUUGUUGGGACUCGAUCAUCUCAAGUUGUAUCACUGCUUCGCAAUUUGACUGUGGAUUCUGAUCCAUCUUUGCAUGACUUCAUCAAAGAAUUGGAACCUUUCCCUGAAUUGGAUAUCUUUGAUCCAAUACGAAAGUUCCAUCAGGAAUUAUGCCAAGCCUACUCUCCAAGAGACCAUUUUUUGAAGUUUGUGAAGAGAUCUUGCAACCUUCCACCAAGAUUGCUUUUAUGGAGUCUUCAAGCCUUACACAAGAAACUACUGAUGGGGGAAAUUUUUCAGCAGGAAGAUGAAGGGGAUGGUGUGGGAUAUUCAUCUUGGCACUGUGACGAUGAACUUGUGCAAGCUGUCUGGACGCUAGUACGUUCGCGUGGUUCUGUUGAUGCUAGUAGUGUUAGAGCACUUGUGUCUGAUUUUAUUUCUAUGGCUGGUAUUGGAGACCCGCAUUGUGUCGUUUUUCAUCUGCCUGGGGACUCUGGACAUGCACAUGUUUGCCAAUCGAUUAAUCGUGACAGUGCUAUGGAGAUAAAUUUUCAAAUGGAUAGUGGCAUCUCUGAUGAACUUUUGAUUGCACUUGUUAGGCUUUUGAAGAAGUAUCUGAUGGAUGAAUCUGUGAAGAUAAUUGAAAUGGCAUCACAAGCUAUUCGGGGAAUACUUUCAACUGAAAGGGGUCAGAAAGUGUUAAUGUCAUUUGAUUACUAUGAGAAGUCUCUUAUUGAGGUUCACGCCAAGGGUGUUAAUGUCAAUCUGGUGGAGAAGUUACUGAUCGAGUUAGAAAGAAAGUUUAAUGCUGAAGUGAUUUCGUUGGAGAUGUCUAAUAUAUGGAAGACACAGGGCAAAACUUUUGAGAGUUGGAUUUGUCCACUUGUUUACUCACUUAUUGGUUAUUGUGAUGAUACAAUUCUAAGAUUAUGCCAAGAUAUUGUGUUACUGAAAGCUGAAGUUGCCGAGCUUCUGUUACCAAAUGUUAUUGUCAAUCUAGCAGGAAGGAAGGAUUUGACGGUUGACCUCUGUGGAUUAAUCUCUUUGCAGGCGCAGGAAAAUGUCUUUAUAGAGUCCAACAAGUUGAUUAAAUCAAUUCAGGUUAUGUUGGAUGCACUUAAUGAGCUUUGUCUAUGUCAUGUUAUGGAAAGGAGUUCAAGGUUUUCCAAGCCUUCUAGUUAUAGCAUAAAAUCACGCUCAACCUCUGCAAAGGCUAAACAUUCAGCAGCUGUAUCAAGUGCAAUGGCAAUGUGUACAUCAUCUUGGGAAAAGGUUUACUGGCUUUCCAUCGAUUAUCUUGUUGUUGCUAAGUCAGCAAUUAGUUGUGGUUCAUACUUCACUUCUGUAAUGUAUGUGGAACACUGGUGUGAAAAGCAUUUCAACAGCCUGAAGCUGGGAACCCCUGAUUUUUCUCAUCUUGAAACAAUACCGCAACACAUUGAAAUACUACUCUCUGCAAUCACACAAAUCAAUGAACCUGACAGCUUAUAUGGCAUAAUUCAAUCACACAAGUUGAGCUCUCAAAUUACUACCUUUGAACAUGAGGGAAAUUGGAGCAAGGCUCUCGAGUAUUAUGACUUGCAAGUAAGGUCAGAAGCAGCAGAACAAAUUGAUGGCUAUUCCAGGAACAUUUCACUUGAGUGUUCUCAACCAGCCACCCAUCCAUCCUUAUCUAAAUCCGAAGAUGUCAAGAGACGAAGGAAACCUUACAAGGGGCUGAUAAGAUCUUUGCAGCAAAUUGGUUGUACUCAUGUGCUGGAUCUGUAUUGCCAGGGAUUGACUUCUCGAGAAGGUCAUUUUCAACAUGAUUUAGAAUUUACAGAGCUGCAGUAUGAGACUGCUUGGCGCACAGGAAACUGGGAUUUUUCUACUCUCUGCAUCGGUGGGAAUUUUCCUUCCUCAAGUGAGCACAUUAAGAGUGAUCAUUUCAAUGAAAAUUUGCACUGUUGUUUAAGGUCAUUACAGGAAGGGGACUUCAAUGAAUUUAAUGCGAGACUAAAAGAUUCAAAGCAGGAGCUGGUGAUGUCCGUCCAUCGUGCAAGUGAGGAGAGUACUGAAUACAUCUACUCAACAAUAGUUAAACUUCAGAUUUUUCAUCAUCUUGGCAUGGCUUGGGAUUUACGUUGGGUGGCACCCCCCUGUGAAAAUUUGAAGUCCUUUCUGGAGACCCAAAAAGUUAUUACUGAGCCCAUCAUCCCUACCAUAGACCAGUUAUCAUGGCUGAAUGUGGAUUGGAGGCGCAUUUUGAGGCGAACACAGCUACAUAUGAAUUUGUUAGAACCAUUUAUAGCAUUCAGGAGAGUUCUGCUUCAGGUUUUGGGUUGCAAGGACUGUAUACUGCAACAUCUUUUACAAUCUGCAUCUACGCUUCGCAAGGGUUCUAGGUAUUCUCAAGCUGCUGCAGCUUUGCAUGACUUUAAGUUCCUUUAUAAUGGGAUGGAAGGGAAACACCCAACCUCAUAUGUUCUUGGAAGGCUGGAAGAAGCUAAGCUUUUGCGUGCACAAGGUCAGCAUGAGAUGGCCAUCAACCUUGCAAAAUAUAUCUCAAAAAAUUACCCUUUGAAUGAAGAAGCUUCAAAUGUAUAUCGCUUGGUUGGGAAGUGGCUGGCAGAGAAUCGAUCUAGCAACUCAAGAACUAUUUUAGAGAAAUACUUAAAACAUGCUGUUUCAAUUGCUGAGGAUCAUAAGACUACAGACAAGAAUUCCAUCACAAGACAGAGUCAAAUGCAAUUCCAUCUUGCGCAUUAUGCAGAUGCUUUAUUUAGGAGUUAUGAGGAAAGACUCUCCUCUAAUGAAUGGCAAGCAGCAAUGCGAUUAAGGAAACACAAGACAAUGGAGUUGGAAGCCCUUAUUAGACGACUAAAAGGUUCCACAAAGGGGGAAAAGACAGACUAUUCAGUUAAGAUACAAGAGUUGCAAAAGCAACUUGCAAUGGACAAAGAAGAGGCAGAAAGAUUGCAGGAUGACAGAGACAAUUUCCUAAGCCUAUCAUUGGAGGGAUAUAAGCGUUGUUUGGUCUUAGGUGACAAAUAUGAUGUACGAGUGGUUUUUCGGAUAGUGUCCUUGUGGUUCGGCCUGUCAUCCAGGCAAAUUGUUGUUAAUAGCAUGCUUGACAUAAUCAAUGAGGUUCAAUCUUACAAAUUUAUACCACUAGUAUACCAAAUUGCGUCAAGGAUGGGGAGCUCAAAAGAUGGUCAGGGACCACUUAAUUUUCAGUUUGCUCUUGUUUCCCUUGUGAGGAAAAUGGCCAUUGACCAUCCAUACCACACUAUCUUUCAGCUUCUUGCUUUGGCAAAUGGUGACCGUAUCAAGGACAAGCAGCGUAGUAGAAACUCAUUUGUAGUGGAUAUGGAUAAAAAGCUUGCAGCAGAGAACCUACUAAAGGAGUUAUCUUCAUACCAUGGAGCCACAAUCAGACAGAUGAAACAAAUGGUGGAGAUUUACAUCAAACUUGCUGAACUUGAAACAAAGCGAGAGGAUACCAAUAAAAGAAUAUUGCUUCCCAGAGAAAUCCGCAGUAUUCGACAACUUGAACUAGUACCUGUAGUGACAUCCACCUUUCCAGUUGACCGUAGUUGUCAAUAUCAUGAAGGCUCUUUCCCACAUUUCAAGGGAUUAGCAGACUCAGUGAUGGUAAUGAAUGGCAUAAAUGCUCCUAAAGUGGUUGAAUGCCAAGGUUCUGAUGGCCACAAGUAUCGGCAACUAGCAAAAUCUGGGAACGAUGACCUAAGACAAGAUGCUGUCAUGGAACAAUUUUUUGGUUUAGUUAAUACAUUCUUACAAAACCAUCGAGAUACAUGGAAAAGGAGAUUAGGAAUACGUACCUACAAGGUUGUUCCUUUUACGCCAAGUGCCGGUGUCCUUGAAUGGGUUGAUGGCACUCUUCCCCUUGGUGAAUAUCUUAUAGGAAGCAUGAGGAAUGGAGGUGCCCACGGACGUUAUGGAAAAGAAGACUGGUCAUUUCUCAAAUGCCGGGAACAUAUGACAAAUGCGAAAGACAAGCGCAAGGCAUUUGAAGAAGUCUGUGAGAACUUCAGACCUGUCAUGCAUUACUUUUUCUUGGAAAGAUUUUUAAUGCCAGCUAAUUGGUUCGAGAAGAGACUUGCCUACACAAGAAGUGUGGCAGCUAGUUCAAUGGUGGGUUACAUUGUCGGGCUUGGAGAUCGGCAUUCUAUGAACAUCCUGAUUGAUCAAGCAACUGCAGAAGUUGUUCAUAUAGAUCUUGGUGUUGCCUUUGAACAAGGCCUAAUGCUCAAAACACCAGAACGGGUUCCAUUUAGGCUGACAAGAGACAUCAUAGAUGGUAUGGGAGUUACCGGAAUGGAAGGAGUUUUCAGAAGAUGCUGCGAGGAAACUCUCUAUGUUAUGCGAAUGAAUAAAGAAGCACUGUUAACCAUUGUUGAAGUUUUCAUCCAUGAUCCAUUGUAUAAGUGGGCUCUAUCCCCUCUGAAGGCAUUGCAGCGUCAAAAGGAAAUAGACGAGGACUUUGAGACGAGCUUAGAAGACUCACAAGAUGAAUAUGAAGGUAACAAGGAUGCUACACGUGCACUGAUGCGCGUUAAGCAAAAAUUAGACGGAUAUGAAGAGGGGGAAAUGAGAAGUGUUCAUGGACAGGUUCAACAGCUCAUACAAGAUGCAAUUGAUCCGGACCGGUUGUGUCAAAUGUUUCCUGGAUGGGGAGCUUGGUUGUGAUACAAUUGCUCCUGUCCCAGCUCCUUUGGCACCCAAUUCAUGUUGUAUAGGCGGAUUUUUGUUUUGCAUUUUCGCUCUUAUGUAGAUUAACUGAGGCUAUGUAUUGGGUGUAGUUGUUAUCUCCCUGUAUAUAUUGGUGCUCUUUUAUGUAUACAGGCCCAUAUAAAGAGGGAAGCCCUCGCUCAAUUAGCAUUCAUCUGUAAUUGCAUUUAUUCUCC